AGUGUACCAUGUAAAAGCAGCGCGUUUCGAUUGUAAAAAUAUCGCGAAAGAAGGAAAUUGCCCGUUAGAACAAAUUAUCCAACCCCGUCAACAAACCCCGUCUGUCAAACUCAAGGGCAUUCGCAUUCCUUCACUGCAGCGCCAGCAGUUGCGCUCGGUUCGGUGGUGAAUCAUAACAAAACAAAUGCAAUAAUAAGCUGGCUGUGAAAGGAAGUGCACAAGGUGGUGCGCUCUUUCGCUGGUUUUCGGCAGUUCAUUGGCUGUGCAGUAGGAACUCCACUUAAAUCACCUAGUUUAUUCCGUUCAUCGCUGUUUAGUGCGCGUGAUUGUACAGUUGUUUUUCCUUUCCAUUCGCAACGAUGGGUCUUUUUGGCAAAUCACAGGACCGCAAUCCGAAAGAUAUGGUGCAGGAAUGGUCGUCGAAGCUGCGCAAGGAAUCGUUCGCACUCGACCGCCAGGUACGGUCCAUCCAGCGGGAGGAGGACAAAAUCAAACGGUCGCUGAAGGAGGCGGCGAAAAAGAACGACAAGGAGGUGUGCACGAUACUGGCCAAGGAGCUGAUCCGAUCGCGCAAAGCGAUCAACAAAAUCUACACCAGCAAGGCGCACAUCAACUCGGUGCAGCUGCAGAUGAAGAACCAGAUGGCGACCGUGCGGGUGGCCGGCUCCCUGGCCAAGUCGACCGAGGUGAUGCAGGCGAUGCAGGCACUGGUGAAGCUGCCGGAGGUGGCCGCCUCGAUGCGCGAAAUGUCGAAGGAAAUGAUGAAGGCCGGCAUCAUCGAGGAGAUGAUCGACGAAACGAUGGAAUCGCUCGAGGACGUCGAGGAGAUGGAGGAGGAGGCGCAGAAGGAGAUCGAUCACGUGCUGUGGGAAAUUACGGCGGGCAAGCUGGGCGAGGCACCGGCCACCCCGCUCGCCAACCCGACCAAGGACGAACCGUCGACGUCGCGCGCCGAAGCGGAGGACGCGGACGAGGAGGACGAUAUGAAGGAAAUGCAGAACCGAUUGCAGGCGCUGCGUUCGUGAAGAGGGCCGGGGUUUGCACAUGACACACUUCGGCCGGUGCUUUUGCUUAACACACCUAACCCCCACCCUUACCUACACCUUAAAUACACUGUCCCGUGCGCGUUACGAUGUUUUGUCUAGGUAUUUGCCCAUAAAGAAUGGUGCGAUUUAAUGAAGAGUAAGAACCACUAUCCUGUAAGGACCUUCUUCCCCGUUUGAUGAACGUUACAAAAUAAAAUAUAAUUUAUCUUA